UAAAUGUAUAUUACGUAUCUUGUCAUGUCGACCCAUUUAAUUAAAUCAGCCGAAAAUCCUUGACACUAUUUUAUAGGCAUAGGCCGGUCCAGCCCGAUUUUUUUUUUUUAUUUUUAUGUCUUUUUUGUUUUUUCUCACCGAAAAUUAUAAAAAAAAUAAAUAAAUAAUUAGGGAUGGAGAAGAUGAACUACAGAAAAGUCUACAGUAGUACAGUGUAUUUCUGUUAUACAGCGCGCAGUCACCAUCAAUCAGACACACUUUCCCCUCUUCCUUUUCUCUCUCUCUCCACCACUCUUCACUAUCUCUCCACAACAAAUUCCGCCAUUGUCAACCACUUUUCUUCCCAAAUCUUCACUCUAGGGUUUUAUUUACCAUCUUCCUAAUUUCUGCUCUCAAUUCUUAACCUUCCUUCUCACAUUCACGUUUUUCGCGUGUUUCUGACCUAAUUUCAAGUCAUGGUUGAUAAAUUACAGACGAAGCAGCUAAAAGGCGCAAUUACUGAAGAAGAUGUUUGCAAUCUCUUGCAGAGGUACUCGGCGGGUACAUUAUUGGCGCUAUUAAAGGAAAUGGCGCAAGUUGUUGAUGUAAAGAUUGAUUGGCAGGCGUUAAUGGCGAAAACGGAGACCGGGAUUAAGAGUGCCAGAGAGUAUCAGAUGUUGUGGCGUCAUUUGGCGUAUCGUCAACCCUUGAUUGAGAAUGUUUGCCCGGAAGAACCGCCUUUGGAUGAUGAUAGUGACCUGGAAUAUGAAGUGGAGGCUUGUCCCCCUGUCAGCACUACAGAUGCUACAGAGGCUUCUAACUGUGUUAAGGCUCUCACCUCUGGCUCAGCCAACAAGUCUCGUAUGUCCAACAGCUCAAAUAUUGAGGUGGCUAGGGUUUCUAUAGAAAAUCCACAAGUUCGGAAAAUUUCACCAGCUGCUGGGAUCAUUGGUGAAGGAUUAAAUGCAAAUGGAUUGACAUGUAACAAUCAAAAGAAAAGAAAACCAUGCCCAGAGGAGGAAGACAUAGUACUAAUUGCUUCUGUUAAGAAAGGAGAACUCAAGGGAGAGAGUAAUACUGCACAGCGAACCCAGAGGGCAAAUACUAAUAGGAAGAAACAGGGGAGCUUGAAUAUUGACGGAGCCAACACAGCAGACUCAAAACUUUCUGAUGCACAGAGGGCUACUCGUUAUGCACUUAACAUGGCUUUGAAGGAUAGCCCAGCAUCAGGUGCUGCCACUGUUGGUAACGGACAUGAUGAUUGUAAUAAUGCAGCUAAAAUAAAUGCAUCCAAAAGGAACUUGCCAGUCACGAAAGUUACUGUGCCACCAUCCCCACCGCAACCUUGUGCAGCAUCAUCUGUGAAAUCUACAGCAAUGGGCUCUUCGACGAAGCUUUGUCCUAAAAGAAAGCCUCCACAACAAUCCACUGUCAGUGCAGAUUCUAUUCAAGCUACUGCAAAAGCUGCAGGAGCCCGCAUUGGUAGUCCUUUGGAUGCUGCGUCUCUAUUUAAGGCUGCACAAUCGAAAAACGUAGUGCGCAUUAGAGGGGGAAGUCCUCCUCUAGUCAAGACUCCUAUUGUUUGCACUGGGUUAGCAACAACGUCAACUUGUUCUGGAACUGCAUUCUAUGCUCUAGGAGCUCAACAGCCCAAACUUAGUGCAUCAGGGCCCUCUGUAUUGCCAGUGUCUCAACCUCCAAAAGUGAGAGCCACGUCUGUCGUAACUACAGAGCGAAUUAGUACUGCUCAACAAAUGGAAAACAAAACUUGUACGGCAGCAAGCAUUCAACAACCGGAUGCUAAAUCAGUGACUAGAGUCCAAGAAGAUGGAGCUUCUAUUUCCCAAUUUUUGCCAAAAGAUAAGUGUCAGGCAACAUCUCCUGGUGCAGAUGUUGGUUCUAGUAAACAAACAACUGCUAUUGGCGAUUCUCAAUGUACAAUAAACAGGGAUGUCGUGAAGGUUGAAGGCAAAAAUGACACUUGUAAGCAGGUCGUUGAGUCCAGUGCCAGAUAGUAAUUGUAAGAAGGCAUAUGUUUUUCAGAGAAGUAUUUCAUGUGUGAAUGGAACGCAUGAGGUUUCACUAACUUCGAUUAAUAGUGGGCAUGCUGAAUAGAAUGGAGGUAAGGUUUGAAAGUGAAGGAAUGGCUGGAGCUGAAUUAUUCUAACCAAAUGAACGAGUAGAUAACUAGAUGUAGUGUUGUGUUUAGCCCAAAAUGAUGUAAAUUCUCUUAAAAUUUACCUGCUUUACAUUGAAAUCCUUUGAUGUCUUUAUAUGUUAAUCGUAGUUGAAGUUCUUAUCGGAAA